AUGCCAGUGUUUGCUCUAAAUGCCCAAACAACUCCUGGUCUAACGGCAAUCACACGUCCUGCUUUCUGAAGGAGAUCGAGUUUCUGUCCUGGACCGAACCGUUUGGGAUCGCUUUGGCCUUACUUGCGGUUCUUGGGGUUCUGUUAACAGCUUUCGUGUUGGGUGUUUUUGUGCAAUUCCGUGAUACUCCGAUUGUGAAGGCGUCGAACCGAGAGCUGUCGUUUCUUCUGCUUUUCUCACUCAUCUGUUGUUUCUCCAGCUCUCUUAUAUUCAUAGGCGAGCCACAGGACUGGACGUGCCGUGUACGGCAACCAGCUUUUGGAAUCAGCUUUGUGUUGUGCAUCUCUUGUAUUCUAGUUAAAACCAAUCGUGUCCUACUGGUGUUCGAAGCCAAAAUCCCCACCAGCCUCCACCGUAAAUGGUGGGGAUUGAACCUGCAGUUCUUACUGGUGUUCCUGUUCACGUUUGUGCAGGUGAUGAUCUGCGUGGUUUGGUUGUACAAUGCUCCACCAGGGAGUUACAAGAACUAUGACAUCGAUGAAAUUAUCUUUAUCACCUGCAACGAGGGCUCCAUGAUGGCGUUGGGAUUCCUCAUCGGUUAUACAUGCCUGCUGGCAGCCGUUUGUUUCUUCUUUGCAUUCAAGUCUCGGAAACUUCCCGAAAACUUCACGGAGGCCAAGUUCAUCACAUUUAGCAUGCUCAUUUUUUUCAUUGUUUGGAUCUCCUUCAUCCCCGCAUACUUCAGCACGUAUGGCAAAUUUGUCUCGGCGGUCGAGGUCAUUGCCAUUCUGGCUUCCAGCUUCAGUCUGCUAGCCUGUAUCUUUUUCAACAAGGUCUACAUCAUCCUCCUGAAACCAUCCAGGAACACGAUUGAGGAGGUUCGUUGUAGCACAGCAGCUCAUGCUUUCAAAGCAGCAGCGAAAGCAACACUGCGACACAGUUCUGCCUCCAGAAAGAGGUCAAGCAGUGUGGGUGGGUCCUCUGCCUCCUCGCCCUCUUCGUCAAUCAGCCUGAAGACCAACGGCAAUGAAAUUGAGUUCCCCUCUACGCGGAGACAUAGUCAGAAACCAAGGGUGAGCUUUGGAAGCGGAACAGUCAGUCUCUCCAUAAGCUUUGAGGAAGCUAGAAAGAACUCGGUCAAAUGAGUGCACACAAACUGGUUUCCACUGUGAUUUUGGGUUAAGGAUAUGGUCGUUUUUGUACUCAGUGGUGGUAUCACAAUAGCUGUAUCCGUCAUUUUCUCCAAAGAAACCUCCCAGUCUUCAGGCCCGGACUGAUCUCUGUCAACAAAACUUAGACCCACCAUAACUCACCGACACAAAAGAGUCAUUUGCAUACAAUCCGAUUGUGUACCACAGCAUUCUUUCAUAGACACUUUUUAUGUCACUCUGUUUUCGGCAUCUGCUGAAUGCCUUAUAUGUAACACAGAAGUGGAUAAAUAAAACAAAAAC